CACAUGUAGGUUAUAGUUUGUUUACGGCACUUUUGACUCUUGACUUUAACGAUGUAACAAAAUAAAAGUUAAAUUCAAUACUAAGUAUAGUAUAUAGGUAUGCACAUUGAAAUAGUAUCUAUUCUCUUAAUGCGUAGAAUUAGAAAAUAGUUUACCCCGUACUAAACAUUAGCCGAUCGAACAUAAGUAACUAGCCGGUCUAGUAUUAUCAGGAUGAAUAAAGUAAACUUCGAUUUUGACAUUAAUUUAAGCGACACUGACAGUGAAGAUGAGAACGAGGAAGUUGAGACAAGCAAGAACAGAACAAAAAAGAAUGACUUUGACGUUUCGUCGACGGAUGAUGAUGAAGAAGACGAUGAGGCUGAAAAAGAAAAAAUUAGAGAAGAAAUAUUGAAACAAAAGGCUAAUGCCAUAGGUCUCGAUGCAGUCAUUUAUUGUCAUAACGAAAACGCAGAGUACGGGGAGGAAGAAAUCCUGAAUAAAACCCUGGAGUUGAAAGUAUCAACGUGGAUGAUGAUGUACGAUAAUUUGGAAGAACCAAGUGAGUUUGCCAUGAUGAGAGACGUAAGCGUUGGUAUUGCGGAAAAGUUACGCAAUAUCAAUGUGACAGCCAGCGAGUUUGGUAGCUUUGAUGACAAGUACAAGGCCACUGCGCCUUAUCAUUUCUUCCUGACCACGGUUCCUGACCAACCAGAAACAUUCGACCAGUCCUACUCUGUGUCCUUUCAUGAGAUAAUAGAUCACACUCUGGGUGAAUUAAUUGACAGUCUUCAUAUAAAUUGUUUCGUCCAAGUGUCAUGGAUUAUCACCGAGUACAUGAUUGCCUGUCAGCGACCUAAAAUGACAGUGAUUUAUGCAAACUGUAGUGAUCCCGAUACAAUUUCUACUCAACCCUUUGACAUUGAGUUGCAACAGGUGCAUACAACUGAUUAUGGAUGCAUGCACUCUAAACUAUCGAUAUUCAAGUACAAAGGUGAUAAAAUUAGGAUUGUUGUAUCAACUGCUAAUAUGUAUGCCAUAGAUUGGACAACGAGAACUCAAGGCUUGUGGGUAUCUCCAUUUCUACCUCUACUCCCAGUUGAUGCAGAUCAUACGGAUGGAGAGUCGGUCACGAAUUUUAAAAAAGACUUUAUCAAGUAUUUGUCCAAACACAAGGAGCCGCAAGUAUUUGGCUGGUUGGGAUUGAUACAUAAAACAGAUUUCUCAGCUGUCAAAGUAUUUUUUCUGGGAUCUGCUCCUGGAAAACACGAAGAGCCUGAAAUCAAUUCAUGGGGACAAAAUAAACUUAAAACAAUAUUGUCUCAACAUGCAGUUUUACCACAUAAUUCCAAAGAGUGGCCUGUAGUGGCUCAAAGUUCUGCUGUUGGUAGCUUUGGGCCUAACUACUUGGCCUGGCUGUCGUCCAUAGUUCAUUCAAUGUCUUUUGAGAAGAAGAAGACUUCUGGGAACGAUAUCAUAUUCAUGCCAGAGUUUAAAUACAUAUUUCCAUCCCAAGAAAAUUAUCUAGGAUGUUAUGACGAUGGGCUGCAGGGAACAUGUAUUUUGUACAGCGAAGAACUUCAUUUGCGGCAGCCGUGGAUUAAAGAUUAUUUAUAUCAAUGGCAGGCAAAUAUAACAAAGCGCACUUUUGCUAUGCCUCAUUUAAAAUGUUAUACAAGAAUAUCGCCAGAUAUGACUCAAAUUCCCUGGUUUGUCUUAACAAGUUCCAAUCUUGGCAAAGGCGGUUGGGGAAAAAUGUUCGUAAAUUGGGGAAAAAAUAUUCUCAGCAUCACUAAUUACGAAGCUGGGAUAGUCUUUAUUCCCAAAUUCCUUAUCGAUAGAGACACUUUUCCAAUAAGUGAGUCGGCUUCUUCGGAAAUUCCACCUUUUCUAUUGCCUUAUGACGUGCCAUUAACUAAAUACAGACCAAAGGACAAACCUUAUUUUUCACCUACACACGAACCACACAUCUCAGAAAAACCAAUUGAGCAAGGUGAAAUGGAUCCAGACGAGUACGAGACAGAAAACUGUAAUAUGUAAAAUACAUACUCACGUGUUAUAUACUUUUUUAUUAUAUUUAUAUGUUUUUUGUAUUGUCCUGUACAAAACAGUCUAAAAUGAUGUGAUAUAUGCUCAGUUACUAGAAACGUAAAUUAGUAUGAAGUUGAAAAAUGCGAUCGUAUAAGAUUUGUUUAUAAUUACAGAAAAGCACAAAUGCUUGUUUCAGUUACGAUUCGUACAAAACUGCCUAACACUAAACUUAUUUUCAUAUAAAAUGACUAUUUAAUUGGUGAAUCGAGUAUUACAUAAUUUAGUAACUUAGUUGUAACUACAUGACUAGAAAUAGUUAAGGUGAAAAAUAACAAAAAUUAUUUUCAUAAUAUUUUCUAUGUAAGCAAGUUGCCU